AUGCUAGCGCACCGCUGGUUUGUGUCCCGAACUUUGGCUGCGGCACUUUCUGCUCCUCCAGUCUUACGGAUCGCCUAUCAGGCUGUGUAUGCUCAGCUCUUGGCUGACUUGCUUAAGUUUCUCGCCUACUUUUUGCAAAAUGCAUUGAUGCCGAAGCCAAUCCAGAGUUUGUACAAAGCUACACUUAGGCUUCUCCUCGUCUUGAUCCACGACUUCCCUGAAUUUGUUUCAGACUAUUAUGCUUUGUUCUGUGACAUCGUGCCAUCUAAUUCGAUUCAGAUGCGUAACAUGAUUUUAUCUGCGCUUCCAAAACGAGGAGUUCCAGUUAGCGACCCUCUACAGGCCCCUCCCGUUGAUCAACUUUCCCAGCUUGAAGACCCAACAGGUUAUUGUAUGAACGCUGGGUCUCGUUUGCCAGAAUCUAUGCUUCGCGAAAUAGAUAACUAUCUGGCUACGCGAACUCCAGUCAAGCUUUUGAGCAAAUUGGUAACCAUGCUACGACGUGCUCCUGACGAUCUGCACCUUUUGCUUCCUUCAUCAUCCGGCAACAUCCAGACUAGCCCACAAUCACUAAUGGCUUAUGCGGCUGCAGCGACUUUUGCCAUGGCUACUAGCAAGUCAGCGACUAACUCUAGUCAAGUUGCUGCUCUGUUAACUACUGUCGACUCUAAAGUGGUCAGUCAGUGCCUUAUAUUCAUUACCUUUUUAUCUAUAAUGAAUUUAUGUUUAGGAAUAUAA